AUUAGAAGAAGAAGAAGACGACCAGCUGGCGUACCGAGGUCUACGUACUUGUCCCUCUCCCAGCUCACUUCACAGAAUUGCUUGGCGGCACCAGGUCCUCUUGCCUUGCUGAUCCGGAAGUGCCAUUAUGGAUGCUUCGACAACGGGUACGGGCGGCGGAAAGAAGUCCAGGAGGGCUUCUCGCUCAUCGCGGCGGGGUCACAGGGAUCGCAAGGCCUCCACCUCAUCCUCGUCCGGGUCCUCACGCUCCUCACGACGCAACAGCGAGCGCACGAGGGCGAUGUCUUCGCCCAGGGCUGGCUGUGACCCGGACGCCACCGCCGCCCCGAUGAUCCUGCCUGUGUCCGCUGCAUUGUCCCCGCCGCCGAAGGAUGCCGCAGAGGUGGUGGACAUAACACCGGCAACUGCCCAGCUGUCCGCAUACGAGACAGCCGAUACCACUGUCACCGAAAGGCAGCUCUCUGCAUCGCCGACGCAGCAGACGAGGCGCACGAGCAGGACGGCAGUCGAUCCAGUCCACAAAAAUGCCGUCGACCAUUUGGAGCGGUUGCCAUUCACUGAGCCGCACUCGCGGUCGUCCAUCCCUGUCCCAGCUCAGGAGGCGGACGAGGCAACAACCGAGAUUCAGCGACUUCCUGGUCGCCUCAUCCGCCCACGGAUGUCCGAGGCAUUGCUGCUGACGGAUGACCCCAUCCGCGCCUGUCAGCAGGAGGACGGCCCCGUGGGGAGCCUCAGAAAGGGGCGCCGCGUGUCGACGUUCCAGCGCUUCCGAGACGUGGGGCGUGCCAUGCGCUCCUCACUGUCUUCGUCGUUUCUCGAGACGCCCGUGGUGGAAAUGUUGAGGUCGAGGCUCGUCCGCCGCAUCUCGCUGCAUGGUUCGAACCAAGAGCGGAUCAAGGCGCUCAACGCGGCUUCCACUGCGAGAACCGAAAAGAAGAAGGGCAAGGAACCGUUCCGCAAGAUGGUGUUCUAUCUUCUGGUGCGCGUUGUGGUCACCGCGCUUGUCCUGGGCCUCGUCGUCGCGGUCGUGAUGCUCCUGACGCCGCAGUCGAGGCCGCCCGAACUGUGUCGCAGUCACUCGUGCAUGCAGUACGCCGAGAGGCUGCUGCAGUCCAUGAACACGUCUGCCGACCCGUGCGACAGCUUUACGCGCUUCGUGUGCUCGGGCUGGACGGAGCACAACGUACUCAGCGUGCACCUCAGCAUGCUGGAUUCCGCGCUCUCCAGGCUGUCGCGGUUCGCGCGCUCCGCGAGCGCCUCACUGUCGCACCCACGGACGGCGGCGCAGAUCGGCGCCGCUUUCUUCCACAGCUGCGACGUCGUGAUCAGGGAUAACAGAAACGAGAUGGCGAAUGUAAGGCGUGCCCUGGCCGAGGCCGGCGUUGCAUGGCCUGGCCGCGCGAUUGGUAAACCGGAUGCGCUGCACACUCUGCUGUUCGCCGCCAUUCACCUCGGCUGGACGGCCAUCUUGCACGUUGACAUUCGCCCAGGCAGCAGGGGUGAACCCUCUUACCGGAGCACUUCAUCGAGACGACAAACCGACACCGUCGUGCUAACACUAUCUCGUGAGUUUGGCAUGCUUGCUCGCAAGCACUCGUCUCAGGAGGCCAGGCGGCCGGCGCGUAUAGCGUACGUUGGUCUUCUCAACGACAACCUGGGAAGCGGCGGCGACGACGUGUCAGCGAGCACAGCCUAUGAGGUCGCCGAUCGCGUGGACUCCGAGUUUCUGGAUCCCCUGGCCAGCAUCGUGGGUGACCGGACUGCGCGGACCACUGCGCUGGAGAACAGCACAAUCUUCAAGGGCCGGCCGGCGCUGGUCACCCGCUGGCGAGACGCGCUGUCUUCUUACGGAGUCCCCGCGGCACACGACGUCCUGCUUCGCAACCACAACAGCGACUUCGUGCGCACCUUCAUCGAGAUCUGGGAGUCAAAUGGCGAAGCGGAGACGCACAUGUUCGUCUCCUGGUGCAUCGUGCAGGUGGCAGCGCUGUUCGCCAGCCAGCGCCUCAUCAACAGCUUCUACGAGAGCGAGCAGCACGCGCGCGUCCUGCACGGCGUCUUCUGCCUGGCGCACACGUACCUGCUCACCGGCUUCGAGCUGUUCGCCGGCUACAGCGCCGAGGUGAGCCACGCGGGCGCCCGUGAGGACGCGGAAGCUCUGGUCAGGGCGGUGCGCGGCGAGUUCUACAGGCUGCUCGCCAGGUGGCCCCAUCGGGACAGCAACGUCACGGUCGUCGCCGACUGGAACUCGACUGCUGUCGCCUUCUCGGCCGUAGACAGAACAAGUCCCGAAUCUGGGCGCGGCUUUGUGGGCAGUGGUGGCGUUUGGUCAGGCCAACCAGUGGCGAUGGGUGACUCGCUGGUCACCAACUGGCGCCUUGCCGCGGCCGCCGCCCGCGUGGUGUCGCGGUCUCCGCAGAGAGCGGCCGUCGCGCAGUCGAUGCAGGCGCUCGCCUUCCACGCAAAUGUGGGCAAGGACUUCCUCUUGCUGCCCUACGCCUUCGCGUACCCUCUGUACGACGCAGACGCGGCACGGGCUAUGAAUUACGCUGGUAUGGGAAGCCAGGUGGUGCAGGCGCUGGGUGAGCUCUUCCUGGCGGCCUACCGGAGCAGCUCGCCACCAGCACGGGAGCCAAUCUUGGAGUUCAUGCACUGCGUCCAGCCCGACGCUAGCAGCGCACGCCAGGACGAGAGUCAAAUGAUGCAGGACGCGUGCCGAGGCAGGAGACAAGCGGCUUGUGGGCCUCGAGGCGCUGACGCUGCCCCAGCUGUUGUUCGUGGCCGCCUGCUACGCAAACUGUCCAGGCGGCGGCCUGCCGUCACCCGCAUUCUACAUAGCCGGAGUACCGGACCUGUGGCCGGGAGCCGAGCCCCACUGCGACGCCAUGUUGCGGCGAACGAGGCACUUCGCGCGCACUUUCGAGUGCGCUCCCGGCAAGCACAUGAACACCGGCGCCGACGGGUGCAGCCUAUUUCCCUGAGAUGCCGCACCCCACUCUUGGCCCCUGCGGAUUUGAAGUUUUGCCCCUCAGUCGAAGAAGGGGCGCAUCGAGUUGAGGUGCCGAAUAUCGGUCGCAAAGUGUUGCCGUUUGGCGGACAUUUUGAGGAUCUGGUGACGAAGCUUGAAUCCAGUGUUGUUGUUAAUUAUCGUGCUGAAUCAAAAACGACGAGUGGUGUAGUAAUUUACUAUACUAUGUUGUCAAUGUUACCAUAUUAUGUUACGUCUUCCUACGUAACAAUAGCAUGCUUUAGGAGACUUUCCAACAACAUACAUUUACUCCGUCUGAUUCGGUUUUUUUUUUGUUGUGCCACGCCUCACAGUACACUGUUCGUGUUUGAUGCUGACUCAUCUAAUAAAUUUGUAACAAUAGUUUAUUUGAGACUCAAUAUACAUGUCUUCUUAUGCCACGACAGGCGCCUUCUACGUCCAUGAAUUAUCAUUCUCCGUGUAUUUGUUGGUAUAGUGCUUAGACUGAACGCCACUCGCUAGCGAUGUUAGCGUGUUGCAAGCCUCUUGUUACAACUUUAGUUCUGAAUUGAGUUGUAUGAUCGAAUGACAAGAACUUGUCGAUGAAAUUUCUCAGUCAGUGCGAAGUGCCUUGGUACACCAUCGCGAGUGGUUAAUUUAUAUCUUUGUUGUUUAUUAAGAAGCGAAUUGCAACACGAAGCGUACAGGAAGCUUGUGUGUUUUGAAAAUAUAUAAAGACUUUGCCUGCAUAAAAGAAACUGUAAAAGAAAGUGCCCUCCAGUAGCUCUGCUGUGCCAUUGUGGCACUUCAGAGGAAAAUGUUCUCAGGCGUGGGCU